GGUCGUUGUGCUUUGAUAACAACAAGGAAUCACAUACUACUUAUGCAAGCAUCCUAUUACUUCGAUCAAUCCGCAUAGCUGAAAAGCUUUUUGUCGUAAUAAGCUGCUGCCGUGGAAGGAAUAUAACUAUUUAACUUCCAGACGUAUUCACAUGAAAGCCACGUGAAACGACGACAGCCGAAUUCGGGGAUUGUGUGUUACUGUUUCCGCCAGGCUUUAAAAGCAAAGGGGCCACUGAGCUGAAUACUCGUACGCACUCUAGCUCCAAAAUGACCAUCAUCGAAUCAAACAAUCGUCACGCUGAAACCACCCGCAAGGCUCUAGCUUACCUCAAGGAGCUUACUGGCUCACUUGACGGCUGGGACUUUUCGUCCGAGUCCAACGGUGUCAAGCUUUACAGCAAGACCGUUGACGGUCAAACACUCCCUAUCGUCCGUGGUGAUACUAUUCUCCCUGGAAAGGAAUACACUCUGGCCCAGGUAGCUGCCGUUGCCACCUCACCUGGAAGUCGUAAAGUUUGGGAUGAGAAGUUCGAUGUCGCCGAAGUUAAGGAGACCUUCAAUUUCCGCGAGACCCUUUUCUGGAGCAGACUCAAGACUCCAUGGCCCAUGAGCCCAAGAGACAUCGCUGGUACUGCUAUCCGUGAUAUUGGUGACGAUGCCGUCUAUGUCUCUAUGACCUCGGUGGAGGAUGCUGAUAUCCCUGAAGUUUACGGCAAUGUUCGUGCUACUCUUUACGUUUCUGGAUGGAAGGCCGUUCCUGUCGAGGAAGGUAUCGCUGUUACCUACGUUACACAAAUCGACAUUGCUGGUUCUAUUCCUAGCUCUUUCCUUGCUAGCAUUCAGCAACAGAUUCCUUUGUGCGCUGGAAAGGUCAUUGAUUAUAUCCAGACUCAUGGCUACCCUCCAUACAUCACCGAAGCUAGCGCCGUUACCGGAAACGAGCACUUUACGCACGCUGAGAAGGAGUAUACUCUUGAGAUCGAAGGUGGAGAAGCUGGUUCCGUUGUUAAGAUUGACAUCAGCAGCAAGCUUUACCCUGCCGGUGUCAAUGUCAACAUCCAAGGCUCUGGUUCUCACAAGCUUGAGGAUGGUGUAAAUGGAAACAAGGUUCUUGUCAUUGAGAACAUUGACGGUUCUGCCACCGUUACUAUCACCAGUGCUUAAACAGCAUCGCUUGUAUAUACGACUAUGAGCAAAUGACCCUUCUAUUCCCUCAAAAUUUAUAACCUUAGCCUAUGACAUAACUGUAUGAUAGAACAUAUCCAUCUUGGCCCUAUGUGUAUUCUUUCCCUUUGAAGGCGUAAGUUAUACAAUUUAAUAAAAUGGGAGUGCUCUGUAAUUCACGAAAGUACUAGCGA